AUGAUCUUGGAAUGCCGGACCUCGAAAUCAUUCCGGCAUGGACCCCACUUCCCUGCCCGUCCGUUGCAUCCAAUUCUGGGUGCGAGCUCCCUGCGUUUUGGGCUUGUGCUGACGGCCAGGAGUGGGUUAGGCGGUGAACAAGAGCAGAAAUUUUUCACCAAGGACGAGAUCCGCUCCCUCGUAACCAAACGCUCCGACUUCGAACACCUGAUCCUUUCCCCGGGCACCAAGCCCACCGACUUCCUCUCCUACAUCUCCUGGGAGCGCUCCCUCGACCGACUGCGCGCCAAGCGCUGCCGCCGCCUCAACCUCUCGCGCUCCUCCUCCUCGCGCGCCAGCCACGCGCGCACCUUUGGCAUCUUCGAGCGCGCCGUGCUCAAGCACCCGGGCUGCGUGCCCCUGUGGCGCGCCUACCUGGACUUUGCGGCGCACGAAGCGGGUGCUGCGAAGCGCUGGCGCCGGAUUUGUACAAGGGCGUUGAGGCUACACCCGACGGAUGCGGGGCUGUGGGUGCUGGCGGGGCGGAGGGCCGCAAUGGCGGGGGAUAUGGAGAGGGCGAGGGCGCACUUUUUGAGGGGCUGUCGGUUCUGUACGGGGGAUGUGGUGCUGUGGGUGGAGUAUGCGAGGUGUGAGAUGGAGUGGUUGGCGAGGGUGGAGGCGAAGAAGGCGGGGAAGGGGGUGCGGAAGGGGGUGAAUGUUAUGGAGGCGGUUAAGGCGACGGAGGCGGUGCAGGAGGGGGAUAUUGUGCUGUUUGAUGAGGAGGAUGAGGAUGAUAGUGGGGAUGAGGGUGGGCUGAUGCUCCCGGAUCCGGAUGCGCAGGGCGGGAAGAUGGCGAAGGCCGAGGUUUUCGACGAGGAGGCGACCAGGAAGAUGGAGCAGAGCCCUGCGCUGAGCGGCGCCAUACCAAUGGCCAUUUUUGGCAUUGCGAAGAAACAACCCUUCUUUGGGCCUGCCGCGGCCGAGACGUUUUUCGACGCCUUUGCUGGGUUUGGUCACGUCUCAUCACAGGCGAAGAUCGUCCAGCAUGUCGUUGACACGAUGGUUGAGUUGUUCCCCAACCACCCAUGCACUUGCAGCUGCCAGAUCCGCCAGCCGCUCGUUGGGGUGGAUGUUCUUACCGCUGCGUUCCCCAAGGCGUUGCGCGAGUCGUUGGCUAGGUUGAAGGUUGGCAUGGAAACGACACAGGACAAGAAGGAGCUGGCGAACAAGGUCGUUGCUUGGACCGACGUUAUCCUGGCGAUCGAAGGUCUGGAUGCGGCCGUCAAGACGGUGCUGGAGCAUACGAAGCGGUCACUGGAAGACUCCACAUCUUGA